GUCCAGACAAUCAUCCAGGGGCAGUCCUUCGAAGUUCAAACCAUGUGUCGAUACAGUUUAUGGUCAAACAGUGAAACAAAAUCAACAUAAUAUGAUCAUUCCAUAAGGAUUUCAGAUUAGAUGUUUCUUCUGGUAUCUUCAGGGAGAUAAGUUUCUAGCCAUUUUCAUCUGCAUUUAUUUCUGAAAUUAUAUUUAUAUGUGUAAUAAGUUUUCUUUUCUGAUAUGGUUGAUGACAUGAAUGGGUUCUAUGCAUCCAGGCAAUUAUUAAUUUGUUGUGUCAACUUCAACAUUUCUAAGGUCUAAUAUCACAUUUUUUGCUGACUGGACAGACAAACGACUCCUCUUUCUUAAGAAUGUCCUGAAGUAGCUGAAAUGUUUUUGCAAAGGUGGUGCUGAAGAAGGUGAUGCUGUAUUGCCAUUGUGUUAAUGCAAAUGAUCCUGAGAAGGCAACAAUGUCACUGCAACACUCCAAUUGCUGUACCAGCAGGCAGAUCCAUCAUCUUAAUUGAUAUGCCUAAAAUCAGAUUAUAUUAUAUUUAUAAACACGAGUUUCUCUUGGUAUAUUGAGAUGGAUGCUUGAACUUGGAUUGUUUAUGAAGGAUAUAUGUUGCUAAGAGCCUUAAGAAGGGGCAUUCAUCUUUGCGGUACCCUUGGGUAAAUAAUUUUUGAUGAAAGAGCAAUUUUAAGUUGGAGGAUUAUGAAAUCUCAGCUUGGAGUCUUGUUGAAGGAAAAACGUGGUAGAGAGAUCGUCUUAAAGGCAAUGGGACAGGCAAUCAGCAAAGCAGUGGCAAUUGCUGAGAUUAUAAAGAAAAGGUUUUCUGGGUUAUAUCAAGAUACUACAAUCAGUUCGGUCAGUAUCACUGAUGUGUGGGAACCUAUUGAAGAGGGCCUCGUACCUUUGGAGAUGACACGGCAUGUGUCAAUGAUUUCAGUAUCUUUGUCAACCAGAGAGCUAAACAAGAAUUCCCCUGGAUAUCAAGCUCCCUUGCAAGUAGAGCAGCCAAAACGCCAGCAAAGAUAUCAACAGUUCCAGCAGUCUCAACAGCAGCAGCAGUUUCGACCGAAGCAAACGCAAGGUCAACAUAAUGAAGAUUCAUAUGCACAAGGACAUGGUAGAGGUAGAGGAGGAAGAGGAAGGGGUUGGGGAAGAGGCUGCAGUGGGUUUGCUGGAUAUGAGAAUAAUCAGGGAGGCUAUGGCAACUAUCAGGGGGGAUAUGGCUAUAACCAAGGUGGAUAUGGCUAUAAUCAAGCCAGAUAUGGUGGAUAUGGCCAUGAUCAAGAAAAUGGUGGAUGGAACUCUAACUGGGGUCGAGGUGGUGGACGUAGUAGAGGCAAUUGGAAUUAUCAUGGUGGUGGAUAUGGAGGGGGAAGAGGAGGUGGUAGCGGAAGGUCUGGUGGCAGAGGUUACGGCCGUGGACGAGGAAGGAUGGGUGGCCGUGGCAGAGGGAACCAAUUCUAGUGCUGGCUGUGGCAUACUUCCAUGCUUGGGUAUUUAAUCGAAAAACUUAAUUGGGGCAUCAACUAUGACUUGUGGUUAUGCAAGAUGAAGCUCUGAUGGUAACGCAAGUGUUCGUCUUUCAUCGGCUAUAUGUUCCUGUUGGCUUCCCAGGUUGGAUUUUGGUUUUCCCAUAAUUCUGGAGUUACUUGAGAAUGCUGUAAUCUGCUCCAUUUCUCUUUGUUCAUACACUUUGAUCAAUUCAUGCCAAUGCAUAUCAAUUCUGCUUAAAGAAUAGCCGUCAGUUUUUGCUUUCAA